AUGCCAGCAAGUGGUCAUUGUCGGAAUCGACGCAAAUGCGAAGAUGGGACUCGAACAGCAAUCGGAUAUGCUAGUAAAAUGGUAUUAUCCACGGAGCGCACGUGGGACAACGGUGACCGUCUGGUCGACUUGUGCGAAGAGACAGGCCUCAUCAUCGGUUCCACGUUUAAGAGGAAUCAUCGACGCCAGCAUCACACGUGGCAGGGGCCAACCCUUUUAACGCCUGCAGAGCAGCGCAAGCGCAAGAUGAGGACUUUUAAGUUUCAGCUUGACCACGUUCUGGCGAAGAACAUCCCUCAGUCAGAUAUCCGAAAAUCUAGAGCUGUUUGGGACGUCGCGUUCGACUCUGACCACCGUCCAGUUCUUCUCAGCUUCACGAUACGGUACCCCAAGAGAAAGUGA